AUGAGCACGGAUCUAGACCUGUCAUCCUCCAGUCUCCCUUCUCGAUCGCCCUCAACCUCGCCGAAUUUACUCGCAACUCCUGACUCCUCCGCCCUCUUGACUAAUCGAUCCUGCUCCGGCGUUUCGACGAUUUCGAGCCGAUCAUCAUACUCCAAUGGCUCAACGACAUCUCGAACGAGCACAUACUCCCGUCGUCGUGGCUAUGUACGUCCUCAGGGAGGAUCAUUUGCCGAGUCAGCCAAAAAUCGUGAGAGCGUCAUGAGCCUCGGCAGUAUCGCCCAUCUGCAAUACUAUUUCGCUCGAACGGGAUUGUUAGAUGGCAAGGGAGGGCAAAUGGCAAAAAAGAAGCAGAAUGGUGAAUACGAUAUCCCAAAGCUCUCGUUAACUGCGAAUCAAGAACUCGUUGAAUCUCCAAUCGAGGAUGAGUCUCAGGCCUCCUGGGACACUUUGACUGAGGAUGGCACGGAUGUCAUGUUACCCCCUACCGUAUCCACAUACAGUGAUCGAUCAACAUAUGUGGCUCCACCGCCCGAUCAGAAAACCAUGAAGAAAGAACUCGUGGAAGCUUUAGAAAAUGCAUUACAAGCUGUUGAGUCCUGUGAAGGCCCGGCGAGUAGCAGUCCCGGAGACCCGACACCAGGAUUUUACGAAAUUCAGGGACUGCAUGUCCUUGACACGACCACUCAAGCAAUUCGAGCCGCAAGACUUUAUUACACUCUGCAUCCCAAUCCCCAGAGACUGAACUCUAUCAAGUCGGACCAGGAAUUGAGAAGGGAUCUAUACUCUGUGCUCGAUGUCCUGAAGAAAUGUGCUUCUCGAAACUUUGCGGGUGGAUUUCGUGAGGAUGAGAGACUCGCCGUAUUGGUUUGGGUGAGUGAUGUUGGCAUGAUGAUCGACCAAGAAGCGAAACUGGAGGAGGCGGACAAGACGGAAAGAAAGGACUGGCACUGGAUGGAUGAUGCCAAGUGGGUUGGUCGAGAGCAAGAAAGGGAUAUCAACUUCCUCAACUUCUUGCUCCACGGCAAGGGAGAAAGCCCAUCGCUUGAGAAAGCCGAUGUCACGCCCGAGUUUUUCCGUGAUCUAGCUGAUGGCAGGGAUCUUGUGAAAAUGCACAACGCCGCUGUCAAACGAUCCAAGCGGCAAUUCGACUUUAUCAAAUCCUUUCACGAAGACGUGGCAAAACCGUACAGGCGUGCAGACAACCUUCGCUUUUGGCUGAAGGCCGCGGAACUCAGAUGGGAGCUCAAGCUUCAGCUCGACGUGAUGGCUGUUGCAAAUCAGGUUGAAACCGUCAGCACUUGGUCAUCUUUCGAGAACAUUGUUCGACAAUGGAGCCGUGGAGUAAGGGCCGAACUUACCAAGGACUGGAACGGUGAAGAAGAACGCAAACUACAUGCGCGCGCAAGAAGCCUGGCGAUGGCGAGUCCACUGUCGAGCCCUUCGAGGAAGAACUCUCCGGCUCCACCUCUCCCAAGUCCGCUCAAAACGGUGAUUGUACCAAGUCCUGUCAGCAAUCCAUCUGAAGGAUCUGAUGAUCCAGACAGCCCGACACCAAAGCCAGUGUCAGUGGCUUGCGGUAAAGAAGUCUAA